GUAGGUGCGUAUGCAUGAGAGUGUACACUCCAUGCAAGUGAAUCUAAUCACAGGUGGGUUUGUGCAUGAGUGAGAGAGUGUGUGCGGGACACGUGGAAAAGUGGCGAUGUGUGCGUGUUUGCACUUGUGGGUUAUUAUAUCUAUAUAGAAUUAUAGAUGGAACCUCAAUUCAGACACUAUCUCAAUCUCAUUGGGUCGAUUCUCAAUUAUUAAACCUUAAAUUGAAUUAAAGUUAUGGCGGCCAACGUGUUCGGGACUCCAAUCAACGACGAGUUCAUAAAGGGAUUGCCGGACGCCCCGAAGGUUAUAACGCCGGCGGUGAGGGCGCAGUACGCCAUGAACUACAUCAACGACGGCGACAAGAACGUUGACGCUCAGAAUUACGUUGACAACCUCAAAGCCCAGUACGGCAGCGGAAUCUCCUGCCUUGCCACGUUUUACAAUGCCACCGGAGGCACCAUCUCCUUCGUCACUGACCACGACUAUUACGGCCACAUCGGCUCCUCCCCUUACCCCUCCAGGUUGGAAAACGGCCAGUGGGGCGCCUUUCUCCAUGUCCAUCACACCGCGUCGCCCUCCGGAUCCUCCGCCGCCGCCGUCUACGGAGGCAAAAACGCUGACGGAGAGGGCCGCGACUGGUUGAUGGCUUGGUCCAUUCCUUUCAUUGGAGAUAACGGGACCUACUCUGAGGUGCGUGAGGCUGGUCACUACACUUCAACUGUUUGGGGAGUAAUUUCUCGCAACAUGUCUAAUUCUGGACACUCGACAGAAGACACUUGGGACGGAUGCACCUCACGGGCGACAAUUGGCGAGGGUACUUCCCCAAAAUUUUCUGCAACAUUCACAUUGGAAGAUAUUACAUUCCAAAACUAAUUGAUAGUAAUGCUUGCAAUUUAGCAAGUAGUAACUAUCAAUAGUUACUAUACUAUUAUAAAUAAUCGUGUGAUGUUUAGUGAAAUAAUCAUAAUAAUCAAUAAUGCUACCUUAAUAUGUAGCUCAUGUGUUGAAUAAAAGUUGAAGUUAAUUACUAAACGUGUAUCAUGUAUCAUGAUGUCUCCAUAUAUAUAUAUAUGCUACCUUGAUAUGUAGCUUAUGUAUUGAAUAAAAUUUGAAGUUAAUAUUAAA